AUGUCUCGUUCUUGCUGCCUCGCCGUGUCAGUGCUUCUCGCGAUCGCCGCGACAUCCAGCGCCACCUUGCCGGUAUUGCUGCACGAGGAGCACCUCGAGGAGGCCACGGCCACAGGCCUGCUGGUCGCGGAGGGCCCCAGGGUGGCGGCCUUGUCGUCCACCUGGGCGGCCAACAAGGUCUCGGCGCCGCAGCCAUUGGAGGCGAGGCCGAGCGGUGGCAUGGCCACACAAGGCGACGACCAGAGCUCGUCGGGUGGCAGCAGCGGCGAGCACGGCAAGGAGGAGGGGGCCAGCAAGGAGCGAGAAGCAGGGCAAGAGCUGCCUCACCAAGGAGGAGUGCCACAAGAAGAAGAUGCUCUGCGGCAAGGGCUGCACGCUCUCGGCGCACAGCAAGUGCGCCGCCAACUAGCGCCAAGUGCACCAAGUCCUGUGUCCCCACCUGCUAGGAGCCGUGGCCGAGCAGCCGGGAGCCGGCGGCUAGACAGAUCGAUCGAGUGUUUCAGUUCUUUGGUAUAG